CGCCCACCUCUGUGAAUGUGGAAACUGAUGCAGGUAGGGGGAGCGGCCGGCAGGGCAGACCGGGCCUGGCUCUCCUCCCGCGCCAGGCCCGGCCGAGCUCCUGCCGCCCGCAUGCGUCCCGGGGUGUCUCCUGUUCCCCUCAGCCUUGUCCUUUCAGUUUCCUAAAGUAGCGCGGGGCCCUCGCAAUGAGGAGGGUGACGCUGUGAGGCCGCGGCGUGUGUUGCAGGCCGUUGAUGGAGAAGGGGGCGGAUGACAGCCGGGACGGUGGUGAUCACCGGGGGCAUCUUGGCGACUGUGAUCCUGCUCUGCAUCAUCGCCGUGCUGUGCUACUGCCGGCUCCAGUACUACUGCUGCAAGAAGGACGGGUCCGAGGAGGACGAGGAGGAGCCGGACUUCGAGGUGCACUCGCACCUGCCGCCACUGCACUCCAACCGCAACCUGGUGCUGACCAACGGCCCUGCGCUCUACCCGGCCGCCUCCACCUCCUUCAGCCAGCGGUCCCCGCAGGCCCGCGCCCUCUGCCGCAGCUGCUCCCACCGCGAGCCACCCGCCUUCUUCCUGCAGGAGCCAGAGGACGAGGACGAGGACGUGCUCAACGGCGGCGAGCGUGUGGUCUACAAGAGCCUCAGCCAGGAGGACGUGGGGCUGCCCCCCGCGGCCUUCGGAGGCCUGCAGGCGCUGAACCCCAACCGCCUCUCGGCCAUGCGGGAGGCCUUCUCGCGGAGCCGCAGCGUCAGCACCGACGUGUGACGGGCGUGCGCCACGCCCAGGCACCCUGAGACCAUGGCGGGGUUCCGUGGCGCACCAGCCUGGCCCUGGGCCGGCACCUGCAUCCCUGUCCUCAGCCCGGCCCAGGCUUGGGAGCCCCCGGGCACCCUGCGGGGAUAAGGCUGUCCUGGAGGGUAGGGCCAGCUGGGGCCAGGGGCUGGAGGGGACAUAGGCCCAGGUGACACUGCAGAGGCAGGGGGCUGGGCGUGGGCCUGGGCACUCAGG